AUGAAGUUCAGGCAUUCGUCUUUUUGGUCUCGAUUUCGCUACAAGCUUCUUUCCAACCCUGAGAACGCAAAGGAAACCACUGCGACCGGAGCAAGCCCUCAGAGAAAGAAACACUGGAUACAGGGAGUUUAUCUAUGUGCCUACAUAUCUUCCGCCGUCCUGUUAGUUAACCUCAUCUUUCUCGCCGUUGCAGAGAAAUUGGCCGCAGACAUCCGUGACCAGGGAAGUUCAGACAAGAUUCUUAGUUCAUGGGCGUUCCAAGUGAUUCAUGACGGCAGCUGUGCCCUGUCCGAACGAUGGAGCCUUGCGUUGCACUUGAUGAUCAAUGUUCUCGGCACCGCGGUACUGGCUGCCAGCAACUACACUAUGCAAACCCUUGUCGCACCUUGCAGGGAAGAAGUUGAUGCGCAUCACAAAAAAGGUAAAUGGCUUGAUAUUGGGACUUCGAGCAUCAAGAACUUGCUGGUCGUUGGUCGAUAUCGAGCCGUGAUCUGGGCCGUGCUACUGGUGACUGCCACGCCGUUUCAUCUACUGUACAACUCUGCGAUAUAUGCAGUUAUAGCCAAGAGUAGGUACUCGACUGUACUUGCUGCGAGCGACCUGAAUCCAUCUGAUAUAUCAAACUACGCCACACCGGAGUUGGAGUCUUGUUUCCGUUCAACGGCGCCCUCGGCUAACUGGAGCGAUUUUGCGUCCGGAAUUCUCCACAGGGCAUAUAGGAGAGUGGACGAGAACAGCUGCAACAAAUUCCGAAGACAAAUCUACCAGUCCGGUGUUCAAACUGUCGUCGUGCUCUCCGACGAGCUAUCAGUGCAUGACCCUAGCGACCGUUGGAUUCUUUACAGUGACGAUAUCUGGAAUGAUGGUACUCAUCGUUAUGAAGGUCAGGGAUAUCCCUUAAUAAACCAGGAAUUCGUCUUCAGUAUUCCGACUGUCGACAACAGAACCGUGACAUACACACCAGGCAAUUUCACGGUGAGGUUAUGUGAGAGCAAGAACAUCAAUGAUCAUGUGGCAAGGUGCACAGAGGCAGAGUCCUUGGCAGUAUGGUUGAAUGAGACCUGGCCAUGGUCCCUCUCGGAGGUAAACGAAUACGUUGCAGCCCAGGAACUGAACUUUCCUAUUCAAGUUUACUCUGUUGGCAGCAUCUGCCGCGAGGGGCAUCCCUACUACUCAAACAGCCGCCCUUUCUCAAUCAGUGCCGGAUGUCUUUUGCUCAAUGCACCCGAGAGGUGUAGACUGGCUUUUAGCCGGCCUAUUCUCUUGACCAUCAUUGGCGUAACCACCCUGAAGGUCCUGGCAAUGUUCCUUGCUGCACGACUGGACAGGUCACGCUCCGCGCCACUCCUGACUAUUGGUGAUGCCAUUGCAUCAUUCCUCUCAAGGCCUGAUGAUACUACUAACGGAAGAUGUUGGGCUGGCAGACCCGAAGUGCGGAAGACGAUAUGGCCGGCCAAGUCUGCUUCACCCCCAAGACGAUUACCACAGCAGGGCCGCUGGGUACGGGCGGCAACAAUGAAACGAUGGAUUGUAACACUCUCUGUGUCCGGUACAUUGAUUGGAGUGGGAAUAUGGCUACUCUCUCUAGCAGCAAAAGAGCUGGCAGCAAUGAGGGGCCAGGAAGUCAACACUCUACUUUUCAAAACAGGAUUUGGCCAAUACACAGAGCACGAGUACAACUUGUUGGAAGGAAUAUUUACUGCACAAGGACUGGUACUUCUUGCCAACGCGCCUCAGUUCGCGGUUACGGUCAGCUAUUACUUCUACAACAACAUUCUGACAAACAUGCUCGCAGCAUCGGAAUACGAUUCAUACGGGAUCACAAAGAAAGGACUGCGCGUUUCCUGGCCAGAAAUCAAUACCUCUCAACGGUCAACGUAUUGGCUUAGUACUCCUUACCGCUAUAGCGUUCCAGUCCUCGUGCUUUACACAAGUUUACACUGGACACUGUCCCAGAGUCUCUUUUACGUGCAAAUUGUCCGUUACAAAUGGGACCAGACUGCAUAUUGGCCCGGAGACUUUCCCGACGGCCAACUGGCGCUCUCGCCGCUUGCAAUCCUUGUCUCCAUACUUCUCGGCACCCUGAUGGUAUCCCUGUUGCUGGGGUUGGCGUUCCGGAGAUUUCGGUCCAUGGCGCCGUUGGCGGGAAGCUGCAGUCUUGCUAUUAGUGCCGCUUGCCAUCCGGGGGCUGAUGAAGAUGCAGCGACCGCUGCGUCGAGGGAGGUAAAAUGGGGGGAGACGGCGGUUUUGCCGGAGGGAAUGGACGCGGUUGACGGAGUCGGACAUUGCAGUUUUACGUCGAAAGAGGUGUCUGUGCCGUUGAAGGAGAGGAGAUAUGCGUGA